AUGACCAUCAUAGAACAGCAACUACUGGAGGCUCCAAAGAGUCUGUUUGCGGCUUUCAUCGAAAUGCGACCGAACGUCAGUGCGAGUAUGGGCCACGAUGAAAUCAAUACAGAGCUUCUGAGUGGCAUAUAUGCAUUUCUUGAUUAUUCUUCUGCUUGCUGGGCCUUUCAUCUGCAAGCGGGGAUUCCAAAGAAGGGUGCAGAGGCCGGAAAUCAAGAACUAAAGGAGCUUGCGGAGACACUAGAAGCUUUCACAGACAUUCACGAAUCUCCAGAUUCAAAACCGAUCGCAGUACCAAAGCCUCUUCAACAAGCUCUUUCCAAGCUGCCCAUUGAGUCCAAUUCCUCUCAGGCUAUGCAAGCAGUUGCUUGGUCGCUGAAGCAAAUUGGUACGGGAGGUCAAUCACCAUGCAAAGACGAAGCCCUCGAUCUCUGGGAAAUCAUCGCUUCCAUACGAAAGGUUCUUGAAGCUUCGAGCUCACCGUCAGUAAUUCCAGAGAGUUCCCGUGAAGAAUCACUUCGUCAGCACUACGGAGAUAAACUAUUUAAGUGUAGCCGUGUGAGUUGCUAUUACUACCAUGAAGGGUUCCGUACUUUUGAGGAGCGCCGACGACACACCUCCAAACACGAUUUACCCUUUCUGUGUAUAGUGCUGAACUGCCCACACGCUACAUUCGGCUAUGACACUCAAGCCAAACUCAAAAAGCACCUCUUCGAAUUUCACGCCAUAGACAUGUUAGAAGACACAGAAUUUCCCCCUCUCCCUCAGGUGGCGCAAUCCACAAGCAACAAAAACCAUCCGCCAAGUUUGACCUGUCGCAUGUGUGGCAAAGGAUUCACCAGAGGCCACAACCUCAAAAACCACGAGAGAAGUCAUGCUGGGAAGAAGAAAUUCAAAUGCGGGAAGUGUGACACACAUUUUGUACGGCAGGCAGAUUGCAAACGUCACGAGGACCAGCAUGAGGGAGAGAAGCGCGUCUGCUUUGGGUUACUAGAAGAUGGCACGGAAUGGGGAUGCAAGGCUGAAUUCAGUCGUCAAGACAAGCGCGAGGCCCAUUUCCGCAAGGCAGGGAAGAAGUGCAUCAUGCCGCUAUUGAAAGAACGUCUGAGGAAGAACAGGGAUGCCGGGUUAGCAGACACGGAUGGGCCUGACGAGCUUUCUUGUGAGGGCAGGGUGGUGCUGCCCAGGUUCAAGGAGUUUCUUCGUAUCUGCGAAUUGCUCGAGCGUGAGGCGAUACAUCGAAUCGAAGCAGAGAGCUCAUACUAUUAA